AAUCUAAAAUCUCGCGCUGUAGUUUUGAACUUAUAAAAUAGUUUUCGAAGAAUUGGGAUUUUCUUGUCAGUGCGAUCUGGUAACACACAGAAAAACAAAUAUCCUGAGAAAUUGGCGCAUAAUUAACAAUGUUUUUAAACGACAUAGGCCAGCCCUCAAUACUGGAAAAAGGAAAAGUCUACAGCUCUUACGAGGAGCACCGUGGACCCUUGCUCUUCACGUCAGCCGCCUUAGGAGAACUAAUAGCACCACAAAAUUGGUGCCAGUUAGCUGUGGGUUCACAGCUGGACAUCUCACGGCUGCAAUCAUAUGCUGUUUCAGAAAGCUGGACUUUUGAAAUACUACUGCCGAAUAAGCCCACCCGACUAGUGUACGAUGAGAACAAGAUCACAAUCACAUUGAUACCAGCGGGAAGAAAGGAAAAUGGCUUGGAGUGCAACCUAUUCUACAUAGAAAGUGGGUACUCCCUGAGUACUGAGCCAUUGGUUUCUGUUGGUAGAACUGAGAACACUUAUCUCUUUGCAGACGGCCAUGCACGAUAUUUGAUUGUGGACUGCCUCUCCGAGUAUCUGGACUUUCUGCCAAAGGCCUCGGGCUUCUUUCACACGGGCCUCCGGCAGGGAAUCGAUGUAAUGUACGUGGACGAAAAGCUCUUAGUUGAGAACCAAAUAAACGAGGAUCUCUACAGUUUAGCUGACCUGAUAAGACCAAAGUUCAUAUACGGAUUGCGGCAGCGGGAACUGCCGAAGUGGCUGCUCGAUCUUCGUCGGAUUGAUGAUAGAAAUAAGAAGUAUAGCGUGCUUUCCGUACAAAAUGAUGCAUUUAAGGUUUAAAACAAACGACCAGUUAACAGUCAAAUAAAAUCUAACUAAGACUA